UAAGAAGAAGAUGGAAACAAAGGAUGCUGAAAAGAAACUAAGGAAAGACAUUAUUAAGAAGUGGGCUUCCAGUCUUCCGGAUGUAUGUGGAUUGACUGCUUUUGGCAAGUAAUUUACUAUGCAAUCAACUCCACUGAUAAGCACAAAAACUACGCUCUCUAAAACUCAUACAUAUUUCAGUCCUAAUCCAAGGAGUGAAUCAGUUUUAUUUGUUUCUGGUUUGAUUCACGAAUUAGAUGAGAUUAAAUUAGACAACUUACAAAUUCGAAAGUAGUAUUUAUGGAUAAAUAAUUAGAAAAUUAAGAGGAACUCAAUGCGCCUUGUAAAAGAUAAUUGAGAAGCAGCAAUAGCAGAAAGUAGCUCAUAGGGAGAUUAAUGGAGAAUGAUU